AUGGCUUCGCGGCCCUCGACUCCGACGCCUCAGGCUGCGGCCGAGCCCAAGUCCCCCCUGACGCCAGAACAAGUGCGGCGGCUCGAGAUCAACCGUCUGAAGGCCAAGGCACUGCGUGAACAAACAGAGGCAGAAGCCGCGGCCACAGGGAGGCUCAAGGGAUCAGACACUACCAUCGCAGGCCAGAAGCGCUCAUAUGCCAUUUUCUCCCAGACGUCGGCACCUCCUACGAAUCGCGAUGCCAGGAAUGAGGUCAACAAUCGUCCCCUCGAGGCCAUUCAGCCAGCGCGUAACUUUGCGAAGUACGUCGACUAUGACUUCAGUAAGAUGGCAGAUACAAAGGGUGGGUUCUUGACCGCGGAAGAUGACCCUUACAAUAAGGCUAUGCACGCCGAUGAAAAGGAUCAAAAGCCCUCACACAUGACGCAGAAGGAGUGGGAGAGACAACAACUGCUCAAGUCCUUGCGGAAUCGACAGGCGGGACCUUUUGAACCAGGAAUCAGUGCCAUCACAGACCAAACCACAAGGUUGUGUCGAGAAUGCGGAACUCUCGAGGUAGACUGGAAAUGGCUUGAUGUCUUCAAUGUUGCUGUAUGCAACGCAUGCAAGGACAAGUUUCCCGAGAAAUACAGCCUCCUUACAAAGACUGAGGCGAAAGAGGACUAUCUUCUUACAGAUCCAGAAUUAAAGGACGAAAAUCUUCUCCCACAUCUCGAGAGGCCUAACCCACACAAGUCUACAUGGCACAAUAUGUUCUUGUACCUGCGCUGUCAAGUGGAGGAAUACGCAUUUUCGGACAAGAGAUGGGGUUCUGCAGAAGCUCUGGAUGCAGAGUUCGAGAGAAGGGAGACGGAGAAGAAGAGGAGAAAAGAGAACAAGUUCAAAUCGAAGCUGGCGGACUUGAAGAAGAGGACAAGAGUCGAGGCAUACCAGAGAAGCAAGAAAGGUGGCGGUGGAGGGAACUUCGGGGACGACAUGAGCGGUGGCAAGCAUGUCCACGAAUUUGGUCGGCCGAUUGACAAUCCAGAGACUGGAUUUCCCGUCAAGACGUGUACAUUAUGUGGAUUGGAAGUGGAAGAGCUAGAGUUGUAA